GCUGCCUCGCUCGGGUGACGUCAGCGACUCGGUCCCCGCCGCCGCCGCAUCCUCUGAGCCCGCCCGGAACCCCGGUGCCCGCGCCCCCCGCGCCCGCCCGGCCAUGGCUUGGCUGGCGCUGCUGCUGCUGCUGCUGCCCGCGCCGCCCGCCGCCCCCGCGCCCGCCCCGCGCGACCCGUUCGUCCCACAGCUCGGGGACACGCAGACCUGCCAGCAGCGCUGCCGCGACCGCUACUCGGGACCGCAGUCCCCGCAGCUUGAGGACACCACCGAGUCCCCGCAGAGGAAGUAUGGCCGGGCCAUGAUGGUCAGCGCCUGCGACCGAGGCUGCCGCUUCUUCUCCAUCUGCCGCUUCGUGGCCCGGAGCGCCAAGUCCAACGGCACCCAGGCGGAGUGUGAAGCAGCCUGCCUAGAGGCCUACGUGAAGGAUGCAGAGCAGCGCGCCUGCAGUGAGGGCUGCUGGAACCCCAACCCUGAGCCGGACCACAAGCAGAGAAAAGUCCUGAAAGCCCCCACUGGGGCCGUCUCCUUCCUGGAUUUAUUCUCCACUCUCUGCAAUGACCUCAUCAGCUCAGCCCAGGGCUUCGUCUCCUCCACCUGGACCUACUACUUGCAAACCGACAGCGGGAAAGUGGUGGUAUUCCAGACUCAGCCUAUGGUGGAGGCCCUGGGGCAUGAGGGGUACCAGCGGAAGCGAGUGGAGGUCACAUGGCGGGGACCCCACCCUGAGGCCUUGGAGGUGCACGUAGACCCCCUGGGUGCUUUGGACAGAGCGAGGAAGGCCAAAUUCCGAGUGAAGACCAGCAGCAAGGCCAAGGUGGACGCCGAGGACCCACAGGACAAUGACUUUCUCAGCUGCAUGUCCCGGCGCUCAGGGCUGCCUCGCUGGAUUCUGGCCUGCUGCCUCUUCCUGUCUGUGCUGGUGAUGCUUUGGCUCAGCUGCUCCACGCUGGUGACAGCGCCUGGCCAGCACCUCAAAUUACAGCCCCUGACUCUGGAGCAGCACAAAGGCUUCAUGGUGGAGACCGACUGGUCCUUGUACCCUCCUCCGUCGCCCGCCUUUGGGGACAGUCCCCCGCCCUACAAGCUGAAGCUGGACCUGACCAAGCUGUAGGUCUUCGCCCUCCCCCAGCCCCCGGAGGCCUCUCUG